AUGAGUACCUGUGAUAGCCUAGGAGGGAACGCAGAAAACAUCCAAGUAACAGAAAAUGAGGAAAUUGCAAAGGGGAGUUAUCAGGUGGAGGAUUCCCAUUACUUGAGGGGUGUAAUCCAAAACGAGAGAAAACCAAGAGAUAAGAACGAUGGAAGCGCAAGCCGAAGUGGUACAAACGAUGGAAGCGCAAGCCGAAGUGGUACAAACGAUGGAAACCCUAACCCAAGUGAAACAAACGAUGGAAGCGCAAGCCGAAGUGGUACAAACGAUGGAAACCCUAACCCAAGUGAAACAAACGAUGGAAACCCAAACCCAAGUGACAUGGGUCAAGGGGACAAGAACCAAGAGGAAAAGAAAAAGCGUGGGACAACCCUAGAUGAUGAUGUGAACAUCAAUAAGAUUAUUGAAAAAAUAGCGAGAGAGGAUCCAAAAAUAUUGACGAAGAUAUACAGUUUGAUGAAGAACAACAACUGUCUUAACUUCUACCCCCUGUUGACACCCUACCAUAAUAUAGAAAAAAUUGUAGAUAUAUUAAUAGAAGAAAAUUAUGAACAUGAAAAUACAUGGUGUGUACACUGUAACGCGCAAUUUAUAUGUCAGCUAUUGUAUGAGGGAUUCAUACCUGUAGCAAGUAAACAAAAAGUAUGUAAAAUAGAAAACUAUGAAACUAAAGUUGUUAAAGAAUGUUUACUUAUUCCGAAGAUUCAUUUUAUUAGAUCCUGUAUGCAUCCAAGGGAAAUUCAUAUUUCAAAAAAAGUAAAAAAAAAAUGCAAACUUUUUUAUAUAACAAUUGAUAAAGACUUUAACGGUGUCAUGAAUGGAAUUGUAGAAAAACAUGGACAUAAUUGGCUUUACCCAUUUGUCCAAAAAGAAUUUAAAAAUAUAUAUGAAAAAAAAGUAACAUACAAAAAUGUACAUAUGCAUUCGGUCGAGUUGUGGCAUAAUGAUAAUUUAGUUGCUGGAGAAAUUGGAUGUACAGUGGGUUCUAUUUACACCAGCUUAACUGGAUUUCAGAGGAUGAGUUGUGCUGGUACUGUUCAAUUAUGUGCACUAGCCAAAUUGCUAGAAGUUCAAAAAUUUGAAUUGUGGGAUCUGGGCAUGUUAUUACCUUACAAAAAAGAAAUAGGAUCCAAGGAAAUUCCUAUGAAAGAAUUCUUUAAGAUGCAUAGAACAUUUAAGUAUCAUCACGCAGACUUUAGAGUUCCAUUUGAGGAAAAACUUAACUGCAGUGUCCUCAUCAAGGGGGGCACAGGUGCAGUGGUAGAUGCAGUGGCAGAUGCAGUGGCAGAUUCAGUGACAGAUGCAGUGGCAGAUUCAGUGGCAGAUUCAGUGGCAGAUUCAAUGGCAGAUCAGUAG